UUAAGUAAAAAGUACGAAAAUACUUAAGUACUGCACUAAGUAUCCAAUCACUGGUGAUACCUUUACACCACCGCUUACACAAAAGGAUUAACACAGAAUUUCUGAAAAUAGUGCAUGAAUACUUCAUACCAUAAACAACACCUUCCACAAAUGGAUCAUUUAAAAAGUUUGUCUUCCUGUUAGAAAAAUAAGUUCAUAUUUUGGCAUUAGUAUUGAAUUUGUAGUAACAUAAUACAAAUCUUGAUAAAUCUCAUGAGACACACAUUUCCGUUAGGUUUCACACUAGCCUUGUAAAUAUUCAUCAGUUCUGCACUCUUCUCAGAAUCAUCAACAAUCAUUGUUAGCGUCUGUGUGAUUCACUCGACACUAAUCUAGAGAUUAAGUUGAUCCUUCCAGUCUAAUUGGUUUAGGAUAACUGCCCGGAUAGCAGGAGGUGUGGGUUUGAAUCCCACGAAGGUCACUUUUUCUCCAUUUUCCCUUUCUUUCAUUUUCUUUCGCUGAUGUCACUUCCAUGGCUCUAAUAUGAUCCUAAUAAUCAUGUUAUACUGAAACAAAUUCGACAUUAAUAAAAAAAAUCUUGAAAUACUUUCUAACAUUAACGAAGAAAUAUUUAAAUCAGUUACAGUUAAUGCCAUCUUCAUACUAACUCAACAUCCUCAAUCAAUUGUCUUCUUAGUUAAAAAACCAAUCACACGAAAAGUGUGUAAAGCAUCGAUAUCAGAUACCAUUUGACCACUACUCUCUCGAAUUAUAAUCUAAAAAUCCCCUAUCAUUCUAGCACCAGCAUCAUUUGCACAAGCUCUAAUAUGGCAUAACGAAUCUUUUCAUCUCACUCCUCACUUAUCUCAAGUACCAGUCUACAACAUGCCUUUUGUUUAUUCUCUCCACUCACAUCAUACUUUAUCAGUACAACAUCUUCGUCAUGCUCUUCAUCUAAUCGUUACAAAACAUGAAUCUCUUCGAACAUCAGUCAUAUUUCAUACACACACCAAUCGACUCAUGCAACAAAUCAUUGAUAUGAACGAUAAUAAUAGACAACUAUUUACGUUUAUUGAAAGCACUUAUGCAACACAUGAACAACUUAAUUAUAUCCUGCACGAAGAAAGACAUAAUCCGCAACUUUUCGAUCUUAGUCAAGGUCUUGCCUUUCGAUGUCAUAUUAUUUACUACAAACAAAUCUCUUCGGAUGAUCUUCUUUCCGACAAAGAUUUACUUAUCUUUAACUUUCAUCAUGCUUUAUUUGAUUUUCCAUCAAUGAAUAUCUUUCUUCAUGAUCUUAAUCAAGCGUAUAUAACAAGUCACCUAUCUAACAAUGAUGACAUUACUCUACGUUAUCUCGAUUAUGCUGUUAUUGAACAACAAAUGUCAAUGACUGGUGCAAGUAUGUUUUGGCUUGAUGCUCUUCAUGAUUGUAAACUCGAUCAGUCUUUAUCAUUACCAUUUGAUCGAUAUCGUCUCUCAAAUGAAUAUCGAUCUAGUCGUGGAACAUCUAUUUCUUUUGAUUUUGGUCAAGAUCUUUCACAUCACUUUCUUACCUAUGUAUCAUCAAAUAGCAUAUCACCUGAACACCUCACAUUUGCUAUUUAUUUCAUCUUUCUAUUUAAACUAACUCAUGGACAAACAGACCUAUGUCUUGCUAUGAACAUCAAUAAUAAUCGAUAUAGAGAUGAACUCAAAUCAAUCAUUGGACUGUUUGAGAAUGUCAUCCCAUUACGAUGUCAAUUAGAUUCUCAUUUGUCUUUUCAUCAGCUACUUGAACAUAUUCGAGAGAUAACAAUAAAUAGCAUGAAAUAUUCUUAUUUUCCACUUCAACGCAUUCUCAAUCAACAUCCACAUAUUUCCAAAUAUGCAUUUCUCAAUACAUCUCUGGAAUUUAUAUCAUACAAGAGUAACAAUGCAAUUAUGAUUGGUGAUUCUCAAAUUAUUUCAGCACCUUUUCCAUUCAAUAUGAAUGAAGAUGAGAGACUAAGUGCGUCCGACUUCUCUCUUUCUAUUUGUCAUGAUAUGAACAUCAAUCAUUUAUCGUGCACAAUCAAUGUAUCACUUGACUUGUUCAAUCGAGAGACAGCGGAGAAUAUUUCACAACGAUUUCAUUCCAUCUUACAUCAAUUAUCUGCAUCUAUUAUCGACAGUCAAAUAAACAAACCAAUCUAUGAAUUAUCAUUAACAUUAUCAAAUGAACAAUAUCUAAUGCAAUCAUUGAAUAAUACACAAGUAUCAUUUUCAUCUGCUCUCACUUGUAUCCAUCAUGAGUUUGUGUAUCAAGUGAUGAAACAUCCACAAAAACUAGCUGUCGAACUAGAUGAACAAUCUCUAACAUAUUGUGAACUUCUAUAUUAUGUUCAAGUUUUAUCUUUAGCUCUUCUUAAUGAAUAUCAUGUUUUUCCAGGUGAGGUUGUGUGUCAGUGUGUUGAGAGAAGUUUGUCAAUGGUUAUUGGUAUGAUGGGAAUUGAAAUGGCAGGUGGUGUCUAUUGUCCAUUAUCACCUCGAGAUCCACUACAUCGUUUACAUGCACUUACACAACAAACACAAAGUCGUCUUGUUCUUGUUCAUGAUUUGACCAAGAUCAAGUUUAAUUAUGGUACCGUGUUACUUAAUAUCGAUUCAAUUUUGACUAAUACAAAGACGGAUAUUUUAAUUUGUAUGGAUCCGCUCUCAAAUAUCACAGUAAUACCUGAUAAUAUAGCUUAUAUCAUUUUCACAAGUGGAUCAACAGGAAUACCGAAGCCGAAACUUUAUAAUAAUAAUAAAAAAAAAUUAAUAUCGAAAUAA